AUGGGUGACCAAGCCCGGGGAGUUUGGGGGAAAAAAAAGGGGUCCGGAGAGGAACUCUGGUGUCCCACCGUGACACGAAAGGGACAGAACAGGACGGCGGGCGGACAGGGACAAGACCGGAACUCCAGGCCAAGACACGGCGAAGAGGGGGGAAAGUCUCUCGCUCUCCCAGUCGACUCGCGCUGGACGUUUACCACCACCGGCCAGGAAGGGAAGGUGGACGCCACAGCUCCCUGGGUUCUUGGUCCGGUUGACUGCGGGGAACGCUGGCGUGCUCUGGAGUUGCCAUUGGCUAGGACCCGGGGGGGCGGCUGUGGUGAGAGAUUUCCCACUCCUGCAAUACCCUGUGGCAUGUUAUGGGCUGGUACGAAGAAGUGGGCAGUCGCCGCUACCUUGGACCGCCGUCAUGGGGGCGUUUGUCUUUCACGGCCGGAAAAUCACCCACAAGGCCCUCCCCCCUGA